CUGCCGCUGCCGCUGCCGCUGCUGGUGCUGGUGCUGCUGGCGGGCCGUGUCGGUACCAUGAUCGAGCCGAGACUGGACCGGCCGCGCUGGUGGGAGCCGCCGCCGACGGCGGAGGAGGCGAGCUCGCCGCCGGCGCCGCCGCCGACGCGCGACGAUAGCCAGGUGGUGGGUGUGACGUCACGUGACGAGCCGCUGCCGCCGUACCUCUUCAGUCCACACGUGGUGGGACCGAAGCCGCCACCGGGCUACAGCUUUUCGGCCGGCCCGAAGCCGGCGCGCUUUCCGAAGGAGCCGCCGACCACGCAACGGACGCCGGAGCCGACGGCGACCGAGAAGAGCUUCAAAAAUCUCUGGCGGGAGAAGCAGAAGCGCAGGGGAGGUGACAACACGCGCAGCAACGCCAGUCCGCGACCCAGUGACUUCAGCUCAUGCGGUCCGCUGUGCCCGGCGUUCCGGCUGGCUUCGCGCUCCAACCGCUACGACGUGCGUCUGUACCCGCGCACCCUCUGGGUCAGCUACGUCACCGUCACCGAAAACCGGCUGCUGGCCGAGAUGGAGGCGCGCGCUGGCAUUGCAGAGUUUCUCGGCGGCAGGAACAGUCACGGGGUGGUGCUACCCCAGACAUACCCGCAUGUGACCCAGCUCCGGUACGGUCGCGUGCCAGGCCUGCAGAAGCAGGAGGCGGACUUCAGCGUGUCCGUUCCCCUGCUGGAGGGCACCAUCCAGCCGCGGCCCGACUCCAAUCAGGUGGUGGUGGACUACGUGAGCAAGCAGCGCGUCUUCGUUACCUCGUUCUGGGCUCGGCCGUGGAAGCUGACGGACAAGACACUGCGGCUGCGAGCCAAGCGCUUUAUCCGGCGACUACGCCGGCAUGGCCACUCCUUCCUCGACAGCUACUUCUACCUGGCCAAGUAUGACAGCACGGAGUCUCGGAAGCGUUUCUUUCUACGAGAUCUGGCUCCGCCGACCAGCCUGGCGUACGUGCACGAUCUGCAUGUGUACGUACAGACGGUGGGUGGAUUCGUGCUCGAGCCAGGCCGCGUGGCGGAUGAAGUGACGGCGUUCCGCGCCGAACUAGACGCGCUCCGGCUCUGCUACAGGCCCGACCAGUACUUCGUGGCCGUGUACGACUUCAUCCAGCGCUAUCACGGCCGCCUCAACGAGGUCUGGCUGGUGGCGCGCCGCUGCAGGGGCUGA